AUGCGAGGAUCCAAUAGGGCGCAACUUUCGGCGUUAUUUUCUAUCGUGUCAGCAGCCACUCAUCCUGGUGUGAGGGCUGGGCGAAUCCCAUGCGUGACGCAAGUAACGGCCCCAAAUGAUGCAACGGCUCCGUCGGCUACUGCAUUGAGGCCUGAGAAGUCGCACUUGACCUGGCAAGAGGCGCUUUGCGAAAUGGAAGGAUUGCACGAAAUGUCAGUGCCGGUGCGUUCCGCUGUGGCGCUGCAUGAAUUCCUCACCUCAGAAGCAAAGAAGCUUGGAUGUGACGCCGCGCAACGGGGAGAACUGCGGCGGCGGGCCGGCGUCUUCUGUGCGAAGGACAACGCCCGCCCCCCACGGUGGUCCAGCGGCGUUUUCGCGGGUGAUGAUUCUCGUGUUAAUGGGAGGAAGCUGAAGGACGUCCUGGUGGAGGAAAUGGAAGGAUGUCGUGCAUGGGCAACAGAAUGCAUCCAGAAAAUGGGGAGUGCAGCUGGUAUAGACCAGACAAGGUGCGCUUUAAAACCGGUAGGUGGUGCGGGGGAGCCGUUUGAGGAGAUUUGUGGAGCUGUUGCGUGCUUCGCCGGCGAAGAAUCAGGGGUGGUUGAAUCGUUCGCGCUGGCAUCCGUUCUCCUGAAUCACCUGCGACCAAUGCGUCGUUGCCUUGUGGAACUGGCCAGGGACGCAUGGGAGGAAGCACUAAAUGUGUGUGAGCAAUUUCUAAACAGUGAUGAUGCAAUCUCCUCAGCGCUAGGGGCAGAACUCUUUCGUUGCGUCGCUUCUGUCGCUCCUUCGAACAGUAGAGUGAAGCUCCUCAGUCUGUACGUGCAUCAAAGGAGGAAUCAACUGCUCAGUAAUUUAAAGGACCUCCCAAACCUCUUCCGUUUCUGCUCCCUACGGUGCUUUGAUGAGGAGGAACUUCUCAACUGGAGGCGUAAACUUAGAGAGCAAAUGCAGGCAAUGCUCGACAUCAUCCGGGAGAUGGACGCUCUAGAUGUGGAGAGGGCACAAGAGUUCAAGCGGGCGUGUAGUUUGGGCCGAAGAGCCGCAGUAAACAUGGUUCCAGCUGGUGGUUACUCCCAAGAGCACCACGGUUCUCACAGUAACCGUUUUUCGUUUUCUUCACCUGCAUCCCUUUCUCGUAAUAUGGAAAAACGGGGGUGCGGGGUGGAGUGUGAGGAGGGAAAGAAGAGCGUACAGGUGCGUGAAAUAAGUGCGAAAGGCGCAGAGUAUGUGAAAGGAAAUGUAGAGGGUUUGGACAAUACGUCGAGGUCCGGGAACAGGUUCACGUCGUCCGAGAUGGCGGUAGUGUCAUCAUGCUGGCAGCGCACGGCAUUAGAAACUUGGCGGAAGCAACGUGGGAGUGCCAUCAGAAUGUUGUGUAGCCAGGACGGAAAAGAAGCGAAGGAAGGGGGUCAGGGAAAACAGUUCCGAGUGGAACUUGGGCACCACGAAGCGUGUCGAGCGGAUGUCGCUGAAGGCCCUCACAGGACACCGCUAUCCCGCCUCAGGGCCACAAUAAGCGGUGGGUGUAAGGAUUACUCGGACCUGCUCACCGCACUCUGCAGUUGGGUUAGGGAAAAUCGCCGCGACUUGAAUGAGACCUGCUAUAUGACGUUUGUCCUAGAGAUUGUUGUAUUUAUUUUUGUUUGUGAACUCCGACCCAGUGUAGGUGUGGCUGCGUUGUCGCAGCUCACCUCCCUGUUGGUGCAGUUCAGGAAGGAGCAGGUAGUCAAUAAUUCAGUGAAUUUGUUUACUGAGCCGCUGACUGUGGGCCUCGCCGCAGCUGCUUUGCGCACGUCUAUGGAGGCAGCGCGUCGUGGGACGGUGCGUGGUGGUAUUGCCAUCGAUCCAGAGGAUGUUGGGAACUCCCCAUUCCUGAAGGACGUUGCCGCACUGCUCUUCGAGGUCCGGCUUCCUCAUAUGUUGCGCCAAACCGUAUCCAUUCUCCGUGACGGUUACUUCACCUCUCCGCUCGAAACCAUAGGAGCCCCACCACCGUUGGGUUUCUCCAAUGAGUUUUACCAACACACUGGUGUGAUUGCUGUUCUUGUUCGGAUGGCAGCUUGCCGCAAUAUGCGACCAACGGUGUCGCCUGAUUUCCCAACGGUUCCUAUUCAACCAGUCGCUUUUUUGAUUGAACUUACCGAGGUGGUUGGCGAAAGUGCGAUUUUAAUGCUCAGAGAGAUUCCCCUCCGUAGGAAGAAGCCCAUCCCAGGGGUUUUGAAUGAAGCGCUGUGGGGUUUGUUUGUGCCCUUUGCUGCUUGGUUGCUUCACAACGGCGAGAGUUUGGCAGGGGAGUUGCCUGUCGAUGGAGUCCGUCGGUUAUUGAAGUUGUGUGAAGCUGUUGUUGCGGAUUUAGCGGCGCGGUGGAACUAUAGUGUGGUGCCAACGAGGCGACGCUGGAUAAGUAUGGAAAAGCCUGUUGUAUCUUUGUUUACACAAGAGUACGUGGCGGAUGAGGUUACUCGGCGGAAGGUGGUGAGUUUCGCAUCUCUUUUGGAGGGAAUACUAUCUGCGGCGUUACGUUUCUUCCCCAACAUUUUCUCGGAGGCACGGGGAUUUUCUCGCGUGUGCAGCGCGGUCGCUAUCAUUCUGCAUGAUGUGGACACCCACACAGCUCACCAGAUUAUGGAAUUUCUUCUCCGCCUGUCACCCCCACCGGAGCAAAUGGACUGCAGUGCGCAUCAUGCCGUUGUGCGCUGUUUGUCUGCUAUGCGUCACGGUUGUACAUUAUGGAUGCAAGCUGUGCAUCAUUACACUCAAACGUUGCGCACGAUCAUCCGUGACGAGGAGGAUGCCUCGGUUACCGCUAGCAAACGGUCUCGUGUCUCGGCGGACGUUUCAACUUCUCUUGUGCUACGCUGCGUGGGGAGUUCCAACGCCCCUCGUGCUGUUCGCUGUAUGUUGACUUUACGUAUUGCCGCUCUUGCAUCUGCAGCAGGUAUUUCUCUUAACGCUCAGUCACUGGUCUCGUGCAUGCACAACUUCGUAAUGCGAAGGAGUCAACCAAAUGGUAUCUUCAAUGGCGUGCCAUGGUGUGACGUGUUGGGGUGGCACAGUAACCUGAUGACACGUGCAAGGAGGGCGUCGUGGGCAAUGCGCGACGUACAGUUUCUCCACGCUGCGUGCCUACAGGCUCUACUUGCACAAGGGGAGUGGCCGGAGGCCCUUCUUUUAUUACCGAGGGUUGAGAUCCCUUUCGCAAGUGACUACUGUCGGGAGGGAAGCAAGACCGGGACCCGUGGCUUCAAGAGUUGUGUCAUGUCUCUCCUGGCGCUGUGCGCGUCGGAUCGCACCCGAAGUUGCCGUGACACUGCAGCUACGUUGAUCGAAAUGGUUAGACGUCGAACAUCUGAAAGGGAGAUGUGCCCCACGUGGGACGGGACGGUGACUAAACUGUGUCAAAUUGCGUGUGUUGAGCCUCCCAUUUACCGCGGCCGUGAUGAAAAAUCGCGUACACCGCUUUUUCGCGAUUGUGCCCCCUCAUUCCCCCAACCUGCGCCUGAUGCGGAGGGGGAACUCUUGAUUCGGCUAGGAUCAACUGCGUUGUCAUACAAUCAUCCGCGCUACAGUCACGAGGCAUUGGUCAAGAGGUUGGAGGCGCGCGUUGCGAGGCUUCGGAGCGAAGUUGCGGUGACUCUUGCAAUAACGUGUACUGGCACUGAGGAGCCGCAGCGGGGCCAUGAGGGAGAAAAACACUGCCGGCCGUCGCUGAUACGAGUGUGCGAGCGCACCUCCGUGGGACUUCACCGAUCGCGGGUUGUCUGGUCGCAGAAUACGUUGAUGAGGGAGGAAACUGACCCGAGUCAUGCAAGGGUGCAUGAUGAGGCGGCGAGGUCUCUCUUGGACACGCGGCUUGCCAGUGUUAUGGUGCCGCUACGCCGUCUCGAGAGGAUCCGUGCAGAAAAGCAUCACCGACACGACGGGGGCAAGAAGUGGUAA